AUGCAUCCUUUUGUUGUCGUCGCUCUUGGUCUUCAGGGCUCAGCAGCGGCCUGGCAGCUCCCCCACAAAGCCCUCGCCGAAUCCCCUCACGAUCAGAUACCGCUAUCACUCAAUGUCGAUGACGUCGAUGCCUUUGGCGCAAAUACCAUCGCAGGAUUGAAGACUUUUGCCAAUGUUCCCUUCGUGAACUGUUUCUCUGAGGAUGGAGAGGAGGGGAAAAGAUACGACAUUGCCGUAUUCGGCGCACCUCACGACACUACAACCACAGGUCGGCCAGGUGCUCGCUUCGGUCCGCCAGUAAUUCGCAUGGGAAGUCAGAGGAAGGGUCCCGGAGAAUGGAGUAUUUUUACCGGCCGAGACCCCUUGCAAAGCUGGGCCACCGUGGUUGACUGCGGCGACGCCCGUCUCACUUGGUUGGACAAUGUCGUUUCCUUGAAGCGUCUGGACCAAGCACACAAGCUCAUCUCGAGCCGGCCGGCGGCCAACUCCUCGGUUUCUUCCACCCCGAGGAUCCUGACCUUGGGUGGUGACCACACGACAACUCUCUCGGCUCUUCGGUCGACCUAUGAGAGAUGGGGUCCUGUUUCUGUCAUUCACUUCGACAGUCACAUUGACACCUGGGAUCCUUCGGUUCUUGGAGGUGGAAUAUCAGAAUACGCAGGCCUCAAUCACGGCACUUUUCUGCACAUUGCUCACGAAGAGAAUCUGAUAUUGAACACAUCAAUUCAUGCCGGCAUUCGAGCACCCUUGAUAAGAAGAAAAGGAGAUCUGAGGAAUGAUGUCCGCUGUGGCUUCGAAAUCGUCACCGCUCGUGAUAUCGACAAGAUCGGCAUCAACGGCGUCAUCUCGAGAAUCAAUGAGCGCGUUGGCGAUUCCAAAGUCUACAUCAGCGUCGACAUUGACGUGCUCGACCCAGCAUAUGCACCUGCAACGGGUACGGCCGAGCCUGGAGGCUGGUCCACGCGGGAACUCCUGACGAUUCUUGAAGGACUUGAAGGGUUGUCCAUUGUUGGCGGCGAUGUAGUUGAAGUUGCACCUGUCUAUGACAACGCCGGUGAAACCACAGUGCUUGCUGCGGCCGAGGUCGCGUACACCCUGAUCGACCUCAUGGUCGAGAAGCCUGUACAGUCCAAGUCUGAUGUCAACAGAGGUCACUGA